AUGUCAAGACCAAGAUCACACUCACUCUCUUAUCACCACCACUUCUUGUUAAUGAUGCCAGUUUUUCUUCUCAUUUUCCACUCUCUUCCUCAUUCCUCUCUCGCCAUCCGUCCUACUCACUCCGAUCGCUUAGAUUUCGAACUCACCAACUCCACCGACUCCAAUGUCUCCCUCUCCACUCCUCGACAAGGCUCCUUUGCUGAUAUCAUUGAUCGAGCUCUUCAGCACGAGUUCACCGACAACGAUGAUCAAAACGAAGCUUUAUUAACAGUGCCGGAUUCGGGAGGUUUCAAUAACAGUGUAGCAGAACAACAGGCUGUUCUGGAGACUGUGGCCAGAGUCACGCCGAACAAGAAUGACACUAAAGAUGAAAAGUCAUUUCAACUCCAUCAUGUAUUCAAUAGAGGCGAGGACACCCCAAUAUUAAUAGAUCGAAAGGACAAUGUAUUUAUCAUUUCUAACUUUAAAUCCAAGUAUCCGGUGCUACAGCUAGAUUUACGAUUGAUUUCAGACUUGGUAGUUGCUAUUGUUUCAGCAACUUGUGGCGGUGUUGCAUUUGCUUUUGCUGGACAACCGGUCAUUACUGGAUAUCUUCUAGCUGGCUCCAUUGUUGGACCUGGAGGCUUUAACUUCAUCAAUGAAAUGGUGCAGGUGGAAACAGUGGCUCAAUUUGGCGUAGUAUUUAUUCUCUUUGCAAUGGGCCUGGAGUUUUCCAUGACAAAGCUUCGAGUUGUUCGGUCUGUUGCAGUUCUUGGAGGCUUACUUCAGAUUUUUCUAUUUAUGUGCAUGUGUGGUUUUACUGUAUCAUUAUGUGGUGGUAAAGCUUCAGAAGGGAUUUUUGUUGGUGCUUUCCUUUCGAUGUCUUCAACAGCAGUGGUCUUGAAGUUUUUGAUGGAAAAGAACACUACUAAUGCCCUUCAUGGACAAGUCACGAUUGGGACCCUUAUUUUACAGGAUUGCGCUGUUGGAUUGCUCUUUGCAUUGCUUCCAGUUUUGGGUGGAACCUCAGGUGUUUUUCAAGGAGUUAUAUCAAUGACAAAGCUGUUGGCGACGUUGAUUGCAUUUCUCUCUAUUCUUUCAAUAUUGUCUCUCACUUGCCUUCCGUGGUUUCUUAAACUGAUGAUAAGCCUAUCAUCACAGACAAAUGAACUCUAUCAGCUGGCGUCUGUUGCAUUCUGCUUGCUUGUAGCCUGGUGUAGUGAUAAGCUGGGAUUAAGUCUAGAGCUAGGUUCCUUUGCUGCUGGAGUGAUGAUUGCAACCACUGAUCUGUCUCAACAUACACUAGAGCAAAUUGAACCUAUUUGCAAUCUUUUUGCUGCUCUUUUCCUUGCAAGCAUUGGAAUGCUGAUUCAUGUACAUUUUCUCUGGAACCAUGUUGAUAUUUUGGUAGCAUCAGUAAUUUUGGUGAUUGUAAUUAAAACAAUCAUAAUUGCUUCAGUUGUAAAAGGAUUUGGUUACAAUAACAAGACUUCGGUACUUGUGGGAAUGUCCAUGGCACAGAUAGGAGAAUUUGCUUUUGUUCUUCUCAGUCGUGCUUCAAAUCUUCAUCUAGUUGAGGGUAAACUGUAUCUGCUGCUUCUUGGGACCACAGCUCUUAGUUUGGUGACGACUCCUUUACUUUUCAAGCUGAUUCCUGCUGUAGUACAUCUUGGUGUGCUAUUGAGGUGGUUUUCUCCCGACGGUACAGUGGAGAUUGGAUAUAAGGUAGAUAUCCUCGUCCGCUCAGAUAGUGGUAAGCAGCGGAUAAUUUUGAUGGAUCAAGAAGCUCACGAUUGUUAA